GCUGUCUAGCGAUCGCUUGCUUUUCUAUCGACUGCUCAUGCCUUGCGGGUUUGCCAAUUACCGAUCAUACAGUCCGGCAGGGAACGCACUCGUCUGAACUUCACUCUGUGUAAGGAUUGCAGGAGCGGAGCAGGCGUGGUUUGCUAUUUCCGUAUUAGCUUCAAUCGCGUCAAGUACUCGCCGUCUUCUUCGUCAGGUUUGACAAAGAUUUCUGGGUCAGUAUGCUUCCAGAUAAAGAUGGACUCGGCGGGAGUGGCAGAUGUGAGAAUCCUUUAGACCCAAGUGAGCACACUUCUGUAAGCCUGUUUCGUGAGUACCUGAGGAUCAAGACUGUGCAUCCGGAGCCGGACUAUGAUACCGCACUGAAAUUCUUGGAGAGGAUUGCAACAGAGCUAGGAUUGCCAUUCAAGAAAGUUGAAGUGUGCCCCAGACGUGUUGUGGCCAUUAUUACCUGGGAAGGAACUCGCCCUAAGUUGAAGUCCAUCUUGUUAAACUCCCAUACAGAUGUUGUGCCUGUGUUCCAGGAACACUGGAAAUAUGAUGCAUUUGCUGCCUACAAAGAUGGAGAGGGGAAUAUUUAUGGCAGGGGUUCCCAGGACAUGAAGUGUGUUACCAUCCAGUACAUUGAAGCAAUUAGAAAACUGAAAUCUGAGGGGAAGAGAUUUGCUCGCACUGUUCACCUCCUGUUUGUUCCAGAUGAAGAAGUGGGUGGUCACAAAGGUAUGGAAACCUUUAUCCAGCACCCGGAGUUUAAAGCCCUGAAUGUUGGAUUUUCCCUAGACGAAGGUUUGGCAAAUCCUGAAGAUAAGUAUACAGUGUUCUAUGGAGAAAGAAACCCAUGGUGGAUCACAGUAAAGUGCACUGGAAGCCCUGGACAUGGUUCAAGAUUUGUUGAGAACACAGCAGCUGAGAAGGUGCAAAGAAUUAUAAAUUCCUUUCUGGAAUUCAGGGAAAAGGAGAAAAGCAGGUUAGAUGGUGACGUGUGUCUUACAUUGGGUGAUGUUACAACUGUCAACAUGACCAUGCUACGAGGAGGUGUGUCCUACAACGUGAUCCCUUCUGAUAUAGAUGUUAGUUUUGACAUUCGCAUCUCUCCAACUGUAAAUCUACAGGAAUUUGAAAAACAAAUUCAGAUUUGGUGUCAGAGUGCAGGGGAUGGUGUUACCUAUGAAUUUGCUCAGAAAUUCAUGAGCACAGAAAUGACCUCCACAAGUGAAUCUGACCCCUGGUGGAAGGCAUUUAGCAGUGCCUGCUGUGAUAAGAAUGCAGUGCUUAAAAAAGAAAUCUUCCCAGCAGCCACAGACAGUCGUUUUAUACGAUCGAUUGGUUUACCUGCCAUUGGCUUCUCUCCCAUUAAUCUCACUCCAAUCCUCCUGCAUGAUCACAAUGAGUUCUUAAAUGAGAAGGUCUUCCUUCGGGGCAUCGACAUCUACCUUGGUGUCAUACCAGCCUUGGCCAGCGUCCCACCACAGCCUGGUGAAGCCUAAAAACUCUCGCCACACUCUUGAAAUCCUGUAAUCUCAAGUGGCACCCACAGCCUCCUGGAGCGCAUCAAGCUUCAGCCUGCUCUUGUCUUGAACAUUUAUGAAGACGAAUGUUUUACAGGCCAAAUUUGUCCUGUUCUGGUCAGAUAGCUGGAGGGGUCAUGAAGAAGAAUAAAUCUACUACUCCACUUAUAGUUCAGAUGAGUUAAUUUGAUAAAAAAAACAAAACAAUAGCACCCAUUUUGGGUUUCAGAGCUAAAGAGAAAUUGUUAAUUGAGCAAUAUAUCAUUCAGAAAAGGAAUAGGUUUCUUUAAGGUUUCCUGUUCAGCAUAUUCAAAAUCACGAAUAAACGAUAUAUGUAGAUGAAGCAAUGUGAUUACAAAAAAUCAAAUAAUAUGAAGGUAGCUGAGGAUGGACGCCAAGAUUGUAGGAAACGCGUAGACAGAGCACAUACUAUUUAUGCAUCACUUUUUGAAAUAUGUUUUUCAGUUUCCAUUUAGGACAAAAUGGGGAAUUAGGAGUGAAUAUCCCUUUGUUGUGCUUUUCAUUGUUUAUUUUCUCUUGUUGCCUCUCAUUUUAUUGUCAAUGGUCCCAAAGUGUGUUUUCUUCCCUCUCUCCACACUCUGAUCAACCACUACCACCUUGAUAAGUUGACAUAUACUUGGGGAAAAAAGUCCAGCAAUGGAGAUUCGGUUUAAUUUUUGAAAUGUAAUGUAAUCUACAAUUCCACCUUUUAGGAGCCAAACUGUUAAAAUAAAUAAAUAAUAAUAAUCUAAUGUGGCCAACAAAACUUUUUCCAUGAGUACAGUUGAUGAUGUGAAUUUACAAAAAUAUAAUAAUAAUAAUUCUUUGCAUUUAUAUAGCGCUUUUCUCACUACUCAGAGUGCUCAGCAAUUGCAGGUUAAGGUCCUUGCUCAAGGGCCCAACAGAGCAGAGUCCCUAUUGGCAUUUACGGGAUUCGAACCGGCAACCUUCCGACUGUCAGUGCAGAUCUCAACCCUCAGAGCCAAUAUAUGCACGAUGCAAUAUCACCCAAGGUUAUUUUGCAUGCAUUUUAAUCUGCUUUAAAAGCAACAUAAUCAAAACAAUUUAACUAAAAAUAUGAAAUAUUUGGACUUGCACUCUACUGGUGUAAAUUAAAAAAAAAUGAAAGAAUCAAUUCACCUGUUACUAUGGUAUUGUCUAUAAAUUCCUCUACUAAUGGCUUGUUUUAUUUAAGAUAUUAAAAAGUAGAUGAAGAGGAGGAGGAGGCGGCAUAGAAGAAACCCAUGCCAUUCAUCCCACAGCUUGGAUAUCCUUGGGGCUAAAAGCACCAACUCAUAAACUGAUUGAUUCUGCGGAGUUCAAACUUAAAGUAAGAAAUUGGUUUUCUUAAACAAACAAAAAAAAAUUAAGCACUAACCACAAACAAAUAGACAUCCUGCUGAUUUAAUCUUUAUAUAUGAUACGCUACUGUAGCUGUUCGUUUGUCGGUCCAGGAUUUUAAAUCACCUGUAGCUCGCAAACAGUUUGCCCUAUUGACCUGAAAUUUGGCACACAUAUACUACGUGACGUCUACUAUCCGCUUUCGGGGUGAUGAUUGACCUCCAAGGUUAUUCCUCAUUUUAUUUUAUUGUAGAAUCAACUCUUAGCAGGGUGGCACAUGUGUACAGGCGCCAUCCUCACUCCCUACCACCUUCGCCAUCACUUCUCCUACCUCUUCAUAUCUUAAAUCAUUCUAGAGGCAGAUUGAAGACUGAAGUGACAGCUAAAGUACAAAUUAAAGAAAACGUACUAAGUAAUUGCAACACAAACACUGACUUAAUCAGUUUUAACGCAAAAGAAUGCCGACGAAAGAAGAGAAGAAGUGAGCCGCUAGUGUGGAGAACAGAAGAGCUGCUCAGGAAGCAGCAAGUCAAGUGUUUGUGCGACAUUACUGCUAAAAUGAUAAAAUGCAAUCCGCAUUUCUUUUUAGAGUUUAUCUGCUGUGUAAAAAAAAAAAAAUAAUAAUUUAAAUUUUAAAAGAUCAAAACUCAGCAUUUUAGGUUGAACUAAAAAUUCACUAAAGGGGGUGCUGGAGCCUAUCCCAGCUAGCAUAGGGUGCCAGGCAGGAGCAAAGCCUUGACAGCAUGCCAGUCCCAUCACAGGGUGAACCCACACACCUAACCUGUGGGAGGAAACCCAUGCAGAAGCAAAUCCUGGACAGGGUGGCAGGGUGACCACACACACUAGGGCCAUAGUAAUCGCUCAGAAAGUUCUAUGGCAGGGGUGGGCAAAGUCAUUCCUGGAGGGCCGCAGUGGCGGCAGGUUUUUGUUCCAACCCAAUUGCUUAAUAAGAAGCACUUAUUGCUCUAGAAACACUUCUGCUUCAUUUUAGUUAUCUCCCUCAUUAAGAUUUUGAACCCUUAUUGCUUAUUUUAGUUUUAAACAGCUGCAUUCUCGGUUUUUAGUUGUUCCUUAUUAGCAAUAAGAUGCAAAUGACAAAAGAAACCAGCAGUUAUCCAUUUUGCUUGUUACCCUUUACACCUGUGUGUAUUUAUUGUGCACUAUUUGGUUUAAUUAAAUACUUGGAAGGAAAGAGAAGAGAAAAAAGUGAAGGAUUGAGAAUUACCCAUCCGUUUUACACUUCAAAGUAUUUGGAUGAUAUCCUUAGAAUGGAAAAAAAAAAUCUAGGAUAUGAGAAUGACUUGACAUAGCAGAGUUAAAGCACUAAUAAGCCAUGAAAUGUAAUUAUUGGCAAGGAUUGUUUUCUAAUUAAGCAACUGGGUUGGAACAAAAACCCGCAGCCAUUGCGGCCCUCCAGGAAUGACUUUUCUCACCCCUUGUCUAUGGGAUAUCAGACUUGUUUAUCCCUUUGAACACCACAGGACAUUCUUUUCCCUCUGAAUUCAGUACUUCCUAUAUAUGAAAUGCUGAAGAGAGCAUAAAGAGUUGAAACACAAGAUGCUAAAGUGUGUUAUUCAAGUUUUUGUGUUACUCAGGUCAGGUUCCACGAAAUUGCAAUUCUGUUUUGCAUAUCGCAUAUUAAACUGAUGUGGAAACUUGCUAAUAAUGAGGUAAUGAUGACAGGUCUUCCUGGCCAAUCAUCAGAUAUCAAGUUUUUAGAGACUUCCAUAUCUUUUUAUGAACCUUUUUAGAAGAAAUGGCAUAUUGCAUCAACAGUCCGUGUCUAAGAAAAGCACCAACAAGUGCAGAUGUUAAUCAUAUAUGCAGUAUGUUUUUGGUAUUGCAAGUUAUAUUACAAAGCACUUUGGCGAUGUGUGAAUCUGGUAAUCACGUUUGCAUUUGCAAAUAUGAAACUGACAUUAGACCAAAGAUUUACCAAAGCAAAUGCUGUAAGAUCUGUUGUAUUGGUUGCAAUAAACUUGGGUAUUCUAUAGACAGGCGUUAAAGGCCAUGCGAGAGUCCCUGUUGGCUGUUCAUCACUUACGGUGUGUAGUGCGGGUGAACACUAAUUAAAUUGUAAUUUGCUGAUGACAAAGACAUAAUGUGCAAUCAUUUUACAUGUAUUGUUUUAUUGUCUAAAUGAGCAGAUCAUUAGUAAUUCAGUUGCUUUUGUGUAUUUAAUGCCAAUAGCUGUAUAGUGUGGUGUGCACAAAGUGAGUGAGAAACAGAAUGACUGUAUAGUGCCUUUCAAGUAAAACUUGAUGAAUAAAUAGCCUUUCGUGUGACUGGAGUUUGGUCACACCGAACAGGAGGGCAAUAUUUGUCUUCAGUUUUAUAUUACAAGUCAAACACACAGCCAUUUUUUGCAGGGUGUGUAUUUUAAUAUUUUAUUUCAGGAUGAACGCCAGGGUGCAUAUUGGCAAACGUCACCUUUCUACCGAAUCUCAUUCCUAAGUGAAAGUGUCUGUCAGACUUAAAUCUUUUACAAAGCACAAAAUCAAACUUAACUCUGUAUAAAGAACUCGACAAUAAACGCCUGUCGCUAAAUACUUGCUGCAAAACUAAACCAAAACAAAUCACUUCUACGACUCACCAGCUUAACCAAACUCUUGUCAUGCUCAUGGUAGUUUUGAACAUACGUUCCGAGAUAUGAUCUUGGUAGCUUCUAGUGGCGGGUGCUUUUAGUUUAGAACUCAAACACCUCGAGUCUGCCAGUUUUGUUUAUUGUCCCCAGUUCAGCCAGGCCUGAUUUCUCUCCCUUCAUCCCCUGCCCUUUCAUUUCCUUCUUCUUCUCCUCCUCCUCCUCGAACUCCUCAACUGGCAGAUUACAGGUAAUAAACAUCAGGCAGAAAUCAAGGAACUUGAAUACUUGAUGAAUCCUUUCUUUGAAUGUUUUUAGGAGAUGGCGGUAAAUGAUACAAUGUGACCGAUGCCUUGAAAGGAUAAAUGAAAACUCUUCUGAGUCGGUUGUCUCCUGUUUUUACUUGAUUUGCUCUGCUGCUCAUCAUUACAAAUGACUUAUUCCAAUUUUAAUUUCAUUGUACCUUUCAUUUAAGCACUUUUGUAGAGCGCAGUUGUCAGUUAAUUUCAAAAUGUGUUAUAAUGUAUUUAAUGUUGGCUGUAUUAAAUGAUUGUAAUGAUUUA